AUGCCCGACGGUUCACGGCUAGAGCGUGGGCUCUCAACCCACGCCGCCAAGAACUGCACUUCCGAGGCGUCAGAGGGAGGAGCCGCAGACGAUUUGUCAUCACAGGCGACCUUGGAGAAACAGCAGUUGCACGCGCUUGCGGCGCAAAGGGGGCUGGACGCCAAACCUGGGUCAAAGGGAAGAUUUUGCAGCAUUGGUCUUUCACUGUUUCUCGUGUUGGUUAUCUUUGUUAGUGUUGGUAGCGUGGCUUGGGCAUUUAAGAAGAUUUCUCCAGCCCUCAAACUAGCACCAGUAGGACGCGUCCUACAUCUGAAGAAGGCGGACGUUGACGAAGGCCUUGAGGGGCAAAAUAGAAUGGAGCUUCUUAAUGAGCACCUUAGUAGGGAGCUUAUUAAGCUAAUGCAAAGACCUGAACGCCUUGAACUUCCAUCACAGGAAAUAGGUGGGAGGGUUUCUGGCGUUUUUCCGGGGGAAGAGGCUGCAGCGGCGUCGUUGGACCGUGCACUGAAGGCGCUGAACUGCGCCUCUGCAGCUACACAGAAAGACAUCGCAGACAGCUACCUAGACGAUGUAUUGAGUGCCUACAAGGACAAAGGCCCCUCGCAGUUCCUACAAGACAUGCAGAAAGCAGUAAAGGAGGCGGCGCCUGCCCAGGAAGAGGGCAGUCCGAAGCAGGCGGAAGCUCAUAGGGCGAGAACUGCGUUUCUCGUGGCUGUCCUAGGCGCCUUUACAGCCAGAGUCGAAGGCUUGGAGCAGCUCAGGACUAUGGCUGAAGCUUUAGAAGGUGAGGAAGCAAGUUUGGAAGAGGAGAACCCAGAGGAGAUGGUAGGGCUUGCGGAUUUGCUGAGGGAGCUGCAGGAUACCUCACAAGAGGCUGCGGAGGCCUCAGCGCAGCAGACGAACCCAGUCGAUUCUUCCGUUCCGAAGUUCAAGGCAAAGCACCUGCUUAACCGCAUCCAUAUUUCAAGACAAAAGCUUCUGACGGACUUGAAGGUGGCUGUUGCCCUGCUAGUGCCUCUAAAUCUCGGAAGGGAUUUGGCCUUGCGAGAUUUAGCGGAACCUUUAGAAGCACGUGGGGGUAUAGCUAUCCUGCGUGCACAGACUAAGAUGUUUAACCGUGAAUCGGAAAUGAUUCAAAUAGCAAUGGAAAACAGCGUGAUUAUUCUUCAGUUGGUUCAUCACCUGGAGACUAUAGGGCAGGGUGAAACUUUCUUGGGAAAGGCCUUUGAUUUACUUGGAGCAGUCCAUCGACUCACGAGAGAAAGAGAUGCUACGGCCACCCAAAGCUCAGACUUCUGGCAGUUUCUUAGAGACCACUGGACCCCAGAUGUCCAUGAUCAACUGUGCGAAGUCCUCAAAAGCAUGGAUGAAGCGGCGGAGAAGCGCAGAUUGGCCGGUCGGUCUUUUCUGGUAACUGGCGUCAAGAAAUGGCGCAGGAGCGGCGUUUCUCAAGCCAUUGAGGUUGAUAUCCUGCUGCUCCAAGCAGCAAUUGCUCUCCUUUGA